UCUCCGAGCACAGCGCGGCGCGCAGCGGGCUGCAGGGGAGAUGUCCGGCGCUCGCAGGAGGGGCGGCGCCCCUUGGCACAGUUUCUCCCGGUUCUUCGCUCCCCGAAGCCCUUCCCGGGACAAGGAAGAGGAAGAGGAGGAGAGGCCCAGCACCAGCCAGCCGUCCGCUCCGGCCCGGGCCGCUGCCAGUGUUGAAAAUGAGCCUGUGAGCACAAGUCAGAAAAAGGAAAAUGUACUUUCAUCAGAAGCUAUAAAGAUUCCCCAAAGUGAAGACAGAAGAAACCAUGCUGAGAAGCUAACCACUUCUCCAAAGCAGGAAGACCCCAAAAAGUCAAACGACCUUCCCAAUUCCACCACUUCAGACAUCAAGAUAGGAGAAAGUGAUCGCCAGCCAAAAGAGAGCUUUUUUCAGUUUCUUGGAAAUUUAUUCAAUAUCUCAGGAAAAACAUCGCUUAGUGAAACUAAGCAGUCUUCUUCCAAAGAUGAUCAGGAUAAAACUGAGAAAGAUUUACAGAGUCCCAGUGACCAUCAUGGAGAAGACACCAAACAGGAGAGGGAGGUCUUGCGUGACUCCCUUGGAACCCAGGCACUUCCAGUGGAAGAACAAGAGUCCACUUCAUCUGAAUUCUCUGAAGCCUUUUCUUUGGAUACAACACAAGACAGUGAACAAGAAAUCAGUGAUCUGCCAAUACAAACAGAUGAUAAACUAGAGAGGCCUUCAGUAACAUAUGCAACCUAUCGAGGCCCCAGACAAAUUAAGAAAUAUUUGAAACAACAAACUUCAUUAGAAAUUGUGACUCCCUUGGAUAGAGAAGAUGAAAGUUCUGACUCUAGUACAAACACACAUAUUGGCCCCAGAAGUGAGAGAGAGACUGGGAUAGUGCCAGUGUUGUCAUCAGCUGGCACAGACACAUCAGCGAAAGGACAUCUGCUAGACCGCCCAGCGGAAGACUCUGAUUGUUGCAGAAUAAAUCCCUAUACAGAGGGCCAUCAGACAAACAACCCAGAACUUCUGAAUAAUGCUGCUUCUAAAGAAAUUUUAAAUAAAAAUGAUUCUGAAGGACCUGAGAGAAAUAGACUAUCCCCUUCCUCUGUGAUUCACUCCAGUUCUGCAGUUAGAGAAUCUGACUCACAACAUUUAAGUGGUGUACCAGUUUCUCAGACUGACAGAAAUUUGAAAUAUUCAGCACUGUUUCCCGGAAGUAACAGCAGCAUAGUUUCUUACAGUCCAGAUUUUCAGAGAAAAGGAAAGGCUGACACUGCCCUGAAAGAAAAGAGCUUUGUGAUGAGUGAUGAGACAUUGUUGCAAAGAGAUGAGCAUGUUGGACUUGAAAACCCUGAUACUUCUGACUUCCCUUGUAGUAAAUCUGAUGAAAGUGACACUACCAAACAGGAAAGUACGGAUUUGCCCAGUUCAAAUAAAUCAAUUGGGCAUGAAGGUCUGCACUUGUCAGAGAGUAAGUGUUCUGACAAGCAGACAGCAGAUAACUCAUCAACGCAGGCUGCCAAUCACACCAGCACCACUGCCCCUCAGAGACAUGCUGUGACAGACUCAGAACUUGUAAAUGAAGGAAGUAGGUUGUCUGCCCAAGAUUCAGAGAAAAAUUUAGCUGUUACAGAAAUCAGACAAGAAACAGAAACUGCCUCAAUUUGUGAACCCACAGCUUCAAGUCAGGUAAAAGCAACAGGAGAUAAACCUUUCUCUAAAGAUAUUGACCAGUUUGUAACAGAAGCCAAAAAGCUGGACUUUAGACCACAUGGCAAAAUGCCUCACAAUAUUAGACUAAAUCAGAAGGACUUGGCCUCUGAAAAAUGCAUCAGUGAAUCAGUUGUGACAUGCUUAGAAAGUAAAAGAGCACCUGAACUGAAUGUUCACCUUCAUAGAAAUCACAUUUCAGAAUCUCUUCCUGACUCUGAAAGUCAUCAGCAAGCCAAAGUACUACCAGAUGCCAGAACAUCUGUUACCCAUGACUGUAAAAAAUCAAAUCGCAAUACUUCAUCUCCUACCUUUUCUUCCGGCGCCGACAUGCUGAGCAAGUUGGUUAUUCCUGUUUUAAAGAAUGAGGAUUCCUCUGUGCUCAUUAAAAGUGGAGAUGUGGGCAUUAUUGGUAUUGCCAAGCAGCCUAACAAAUGUCAAGAAGAGAAUGUGGGAAAUCAUGUUGAGGUUGCAAGCAGUCAGAGUCUUCCCACUUGCCUUCACCUUGAGCAUGCAUCUGCAAUUCUUGAAUCCAAAGAAGUUCUUCCUGAUAGUGAAAACUGUCAGGUCCCACUAGAUCUUGAAGCCAUUAACACUCUCCUAACUGGAGUGGACUCAAGAUUUGGGUCUGUAAGCCUCUCUAAAGAUCACAGUGCCAUCUCACCUCAAGAUGCUAAUAAAGCAGAGUCAGUGCUUUCAAAAACUGUAUCAAGUAAGAGCACUGUAGAGAAGUCUGAGUCUCUUUCCUUAGGAACCCAAACUGGUAAUGUUGCUACAAUUUUAUCAAAAGCUGAAAUUGAUGGUCAGAGCAGUAUUCCUGUUGAGUCAUGUUCUGAAAAGGAGAAAACAAUAGCUCUCUCCAAGUUAUCUGUUUCCCAAAUAGAGCCCAGAGACAUUUCUCAGGAUAAAAUUUCUUUUCCGUGCAGAAUGACAGAUGCGCCAGCCAAGUCAAUUUUAUCAGAAUUAACUUCCCUAAAGGUUGAACAGGACAGAAUUUUUCUGUUAAUGGAUCAUAAGCAGAUUCAAGAGAAAUAUUCAGAUUCUGGCCUUAUAGAGAAUUGCCAAACUGAGGUUUCUCCUUCUGCUGCCAGCUAUCAAGGUAAACAUGAAACAGAAGUCAUAGGUUAUUCUCCUGAUUUUCCUCAAAGUAAUACAUCUGAGAUUUUACCUCCUGUUCAUGAUGAAAAAGUCACUAGUCAAAUGGCCAAGAAUUGUGAAGCCAGUGCUUGUCAAUCUUCAGCUAUUUGUGGGACUAAAGAAAUUUCUGGUUUGUCAGAAAUGACAGAACUCAGCUUAUCUAAUACUCCCCCCAAAUUCCAAGAAACUGACAGCACAAAAGUAAAUUCACCUUUUCUAGGUUCUGAUAUCAGUUUAGAAAGAAACACUUUUGCAUCUGAAGAGUCAAGCUUUUUUAAUAUACCUUCUGUUCUGACAUCAGAAAAGAUAGCUUCAUCUCACAGAGAGAAACAGCACACUCAUUUAAGUUGUGGCUUUGAUAGCCUGUCUUCCUGUAGGAACUCUGAAAAAGUUAGUUCACAUACUCCCCCAAAUAAUUUUGGUCCUGUAAAAGUUACCAAAGCUGUCACACUUGAAGGUACCUCCUUAGCUAAUCUGCUGAACACUAACAGCUCCUCUUUGGAAUUUGAAAUGUCUGUCCCAACAGGGGCAGAAGUGACCCUUUUGCAGGAACAUUUUGGGAAUCCUACUGAGAAGGUAUCUCUUGAUUUCCCAACUGCUGCCCAAUUUGACAAGCCCAGUGCCGUGGAAGCAGUUGCUGGCGCUCCAGCGUCAGUUAACAGCUCAAGCCAGCAGUGUUCUGAAGCAUCUGCUAAGUGUGUAGAAACAAGGACAACAGCACAUGACCUCAGAAGUGGUUUACGUAAAAAGGCUGAUACAUUGACUGGUGAGAUUUUUAAUUCUGUCAGGAAAGAACUAAAAUCCAAACUUACAGUUGGUACCUGCCAGGACCCUGUAGUCAUAGACAGCAUAAUGAAUCCAGGUACCCUGAAAGAAGACAUCCUUGCGAAAAACCCAUCAGAAAUGACACUGACAGGGAUCCAACUGACAGAGCAUUUGGAAGAGCAGGACAUGGACAUACGCGAAGUCAAAGGGGAAGAAAAGACUAGUGUUUCACCUGCACUUGGUGAGAAGAGUCUCCGUUUUGAUUCCGAUAGAAAGAGUGUAUCUUGUUUGUUAGAAGAUCAAGCUAGGGAAUUAGUCAAUGAGAUUAUUUAUUCAGUCCAAGAAAGUCUGACAAGUGAUGCUUUUGAAGAUACUAAGGCUACCUGGCAUUCUGAACUUCAGGCUAAGACAUCAAAAAUUCUGAAUAGUGAUAGUGUUAAGCCAUGUGAUAUGACAAGGAAAUUCUUGGUCCCAGAACAGGCAGUAAAUCAAAGCACAUGUGAAAUUAGUGAAAAACCAUUGGGUAAAUUCUUUUCUGUAAGUAACUUAGUUAGUGACACAGAGGCAAUUAAAGGAAAAGAAGUUGUUCUCUAUCAAAAAUUCCCAUUAUCUGGAAAUGGAGCUAGACAGUCUGAUACUGUAAAUUUGCAGGAAACACAGACUGUUUUACUAGCUGAAGAUGAGUUAGAUAAUGAAAUAAAAACACAUUUAUUUCUCAAAGAGGAUAGUAGAGAGAAAAUGGAAACAGAGUGUAUGGAUAAUCACAGAACUGAUACAGAGGAUACGAGGACUCUUUUUUUCAAUUUCAAAUGGCCUCCAUUUGCCAAUGAUGACCUCCAUGUACCUGGGACAUCCAAAAGCAGUUUGUCUGACAGCCAUGUGUGUAUAUCUGAUAAAAACUUGCCAGGUCACAUCAAUAAAGGCACACCCCUCGUAAUGUCAGAAGUAGGGAAGGUGCACAAAAAGGAUCCUGAAGUAAACAUGGGGAAAAUUGACCUUAUACCUUCCAUGUUAGAAAUGGGAAAAGCAAUCAGAAAGGAUGCUGAACUGACUGUCGCAAAGACUGAGCCGACAACCGAUGUUUUUAAAAUGGGAGAAGCACACCAAAGGGAUGUUGAGAGAUAUAUUGAAAAAACUGAAGGGCUACCUGUUAUUUUAGCAGUGGAGAAAGCUUGUAAUAUGAGGGAUCAUGAAGGAGAUAUUAGCAAAACUGAUGUGAUGCCUGUUAUAUCAGAGGCGAAAAAUAUCUAUCAAAAAGACACGGAGGGACUUACUGGAAGGACUGAAGUACUAUCUGUUACAUUAGAAAUGGACAGUAUAUACCAAAAGCAUGCUGAAGGGGAUGUUGGGAAGACCAGAGUAGCAUCAGUUAUGUCAGAAAUGGAAAAUAUCCACCAAAAAGGUAUUGAGGGAAUUACUGAAAAGACUGUAAUGACACCUAUAACAUUAGAAAGGGAAAAUUUUUACCAAAAGGAUGAUGAAGAGGUUGUGGACAAGACGGAAAAGACUCCCAUUAUGUUGGAAGGGGCAAGUAUCUGCCAAGAAGAUUCUGAGGGAAUCAUGGGACAGAAUGAAAGACCCAUGUUAGAAAUGGAAGACAUUUGCCAAAAGUUCACUGAACAGGUUAUUGGGAACACUGAAAUGGUACCUGCUGUGUCAAAGUUGAAAGAAGCAAAUACCAAGGUAGCACCUGCCUCCUUAGAAGUGGAAAAAGCCUUUGAGAGAGAUGCUGGAGAGACAGUUGGAACAGUUGUGCCUAUACCCUCUAUGAUAAAAAUAGAAAGAACAUCCCCCGAACAUUCUGAUGUGACUAUUGGGAAACAUGAGGCGGUAAACCUUGAGAAAACACAUGAAACAGGCCUGGAAUUGCCUGUUAUACAAGCAGAGGGUAUGUCUCCCAUAUUCCAAAUGGAAAAAGCACCCCAAGUUUAUGCUGACGAGAGUGUUGGAGAAAUGGAAGAAGGGCCCAUGGAAAAAAAGGAAGGCUUGAUAGCUCACGACAGUAGACUUGCUUCCUAUUUCAGGGGCUAUGAAUCACCUACAUUAAGUAAGGAUUAUGAAGGUUAUCCAGCCUUAACAAUGCCAGAUUGUCAACCUGAGGAUACUAGAGAAAAGCCCCACAAAAACAAGUCUGUGGCUACAGUAGAUAAGAGAGAGAAAGAUCUAGACUUUGGUAGUGAAAAAGAAUCCAACUUAGGGUUCACUUCUCAGGAUGAACAAGAAAAUUCUUCCUUUACUAUAUUAUAUGAAGAACCCCUUCAGGAGGAGGACAGGUGCACUUUCAUGGAAGUAAGAAGAACCCACCCUCUCUCAUUUCCCAAUACAGCGCCUGAGGACAUUCCGGUUUACACGUGUGAAAGAUCUGAGAGUAGAACUGACCUCGUCCGUCAUUUUGAAAAGGAAGGUAAAUUAGGUGAAAUGUUUGAUAGUGAUAAUUCAGAAAUGUUCUUGUCAGUAGAGGCCAAAAGAUACAAAAUUUAUCCCUUAGCUCUGUCUCCCAUUUAUGAGGAUGAUAGCUCUCAGGAGGACGUCCUAUCCAGUGAGGUCUCACCUGGUCAUCACGGCUCCACGAAAUCAAGAGAGAGUGCAAACCAGGCCUCUUCUGUUUUAUCACUUCUGCAGUCAGUAUCAGAGCGUUUAAAGAUGAACUUUGAUGAUGACAGGCAGGAGGUAGGGGAGGAGGAGGAGGAAGAGGAGGAAGAAGCAUUGCAUGUAGGAAGUCUGAGAGAGAGACAGAGAGAAACUGUUACCUUCAAGCUGCCCGAUCCCUCCAUCCAACAUAACCCUGAUGAUGAUGAGGAAAGGACUGAAAUUUCUAAAAAUUCGUGUGUAAUAUCGAACGAACCUACUACCUCCAAUCUACAAAUUGGGCUGUGGUCAGAAAAGACCGCCUGUCUACAAAAAUCUGACCUGACUUCGAAACUGCAUUCUUCUUUAAAGAGUGCUUAUCAUCAGUAUUUGCAGACUUCUAAAACCCAUUCCUCUGAAAAAGGAGCUAGAUUUGGUGGGGUUUUUCAGGAACCAGUGUCAAAAUAUUUCCGUGCUCAAGACAACUCAGGCAGAUUAAACCUGUUCACAGAGAAUGUUGACAAGCAAACGCUGAGGUAUAACCCAAGACCUGGAAAGAUGGUUAUCUAUGAUGUCGAUGGAAGUAAAUACAAACAAGAGAUCUACUGUAAUAUUCCUGAUGCUACAUCAUGGUCCUUUCCAAAUGGGGUACUGAUAAAAGUUGUAAGGGGCUGUUGGAUUUUAUAUGAGAAACCACAUUUCCAAGGUCAGAAAUGUGUUUUAGAAGAAGGGGAAAAGGUGUUAACUCGUGAUUGGAUCCUUCAGAACAGAAAGCAUCCACAAAGAAACUUUGUAUUGGGCUCUGUCAAGCGUGUCUUAAAGGAUUGCAGCAUUCCAGAGAUAGUACUUUGUGCACAAUCUGAUUCAGCUUGUUGUCCUAUCUACAUCCAGCGAGCAGUUCCCAAUGUGGAAGAGCUGAAUAUCCCCAAAUCUGUGUCCUUCACUGUGAAUUCUGGAGUUUGGCUUGCCUACCCAGAUACUAAUUUUAAGGGGCAAGCUACAAUUUUGGAGGAAGACCAUGGACUUUUUGAGAUUUCUGCAGCAGAAAUGAAAUCAUUGCAUCCUCUUCAAAUAGGUGGAUUGAAAGUGGAAAUGCCUAUGAACUUAAAGGUUAUUAUUUAUGAAAAACCUCACUUCCAUGGACAGGCAAGAGAGUUUAGUGAACAUAUAGAUUCUGUCCCUAAUUUUCUAAAAAAUGAAUUGGACUUUCGUGGAAUUGGAUCAAUUCGUGUCAUCGGUGGAGUGUGGGUUGCCUAUGAGAAAGAACAUUUUAAAGGCCAGCAGUUCUUGCUUGAAGAAGGAGAUUUUGAAGACAGUAGUGCCUGCGGGGCAUUAAGUGGUCCCAUCUUGUCUUUCCGGUACUUACAAGCUAAUUUUAUAGAAUCUUCUGUCACGCUGUUUGAAUCUGACCUAGAAAGUGGGAAGUUUAUUGAUGUUACAAAUCAGGAAAUUUCUGACUUAGAAGAAAUUGGUUUUGGCAGUGAAACAGGAUCCAUUCACGUUAAAAGUGGAGUAUGGGUUGCCUACCAGCAGAAGUUCUUCUGUGGAGAACAGUACAUUUUAGAGAAAGGGAAAUACAAGUGCUUUUUUGAUUGGGGAGGUUCAAACAAUAUAAUCAUGUCAAUACGACCUAUCCAGCUGGAACCACUUGGGAUAAAUGAGCCCCCACAUUUGCUCAAAGCAUUCAAUAAGCCAGGCUUCCAAGGUGAAUGUGUAGAUUUUACAAAAGAAGUUUCUGAUUUGACUUCAUUCACACCAUCUUCUUUUAAAGUUCUUCGGGGUUGCUGGCUUCUGUAUUAUCAAGAGGGCAUUUCUGAUAAUCAGUGUGUAUUAGAAGAAGGCCUCUAUGCUGAUCUUACUUCCUGUGGCUGCCCAACAUCUAGAGUCACAUCCCUCAAGCCCAUUGACUACGUUUUUGAAGAACCCUCCAUCAGCCUUUUUGCUUUGGAACAUUGUGAGGGAAGAGAGUUACAUCUAGAAGAGGCUGUGAACUCUGUUUUGAACAAGGACCUGCACUUCUACACCCAGUCUGUGUGGGUGAAAAGUGGACUCUGGAUUGCUUAUGAGGGAUCCAAUUUCUUGGGAAGACAAAUUCUACUUGAGGCUAAUGAGAUCCCAAACUGGUCAGCAUUCAGUGGAUGGAAAACCAUUGGUUCUCUCCGACCUAUGAAGCAGCCUGCAGUGUACAUUAGAAUAAAGAACCGAGCCCAGGAUGAGUAUCUGACUGUUACUGGAAACGUUGCUGACACCAGGGCAACAUCUGUGUGCAUUUCUCCCUACAGUGGGAAGAACAAUCAGAUCUGGUACUACUGCCGAGGACUCUUUAAAUCCAAGGCCAGUGACACAUGUCUCGAUGUGAUUGGUGGCCGGGACACACCUGGGGCUAAAGUGGCCCUGUGGACUGAGCAUGGGCAGUGCAGGCAGAAGUGGAGACUGAACAGAAACGGAACCAUCAGCUCUUAUCUCAGUGAUCAACUGGUCCUUGAUGUUAAAGGAGGAAAUUAUUAUGACAAGACUCAUGUAAUUGUAAAUCAGCCCCUGGAAGGAGAAGACACACAGAAAUGGGACAUUGAAAUAUUAUGAGAAUCCAUAAUCUCCCUAGAAAGAGCAGAGGAGGGAACCUUGUGUUUCAUGGGAAGGAAGCCUCUUGUCCUCAUACUCCUGGAUCACAGAGCGGAAUGAACUUUUGCUCCAGGACUGUCGCUCUUAACCAUGGUAAAAGCUCAAAAUACUCUUGCCAGUUAUUUAUCCACUGUCCCUAUGAAGAUUGCAUUACGAUUUCUGGGAGAAAGGUUCUAUUCCUGCCGGAUCUCCAGUUUUGGUGAGCAAGUUUCCUGAGGCCAUUUUCCUUCUAUCCAUCAAACGUGAAUCCUAUUCCUAUAGCCAUUAUAGGACAUUGGUGACACUGUCAUAGUUCUUAAUAUCCUAGUAGAUGCAAGACACAGGGAAAUAAAAAUUCCUUACAAGUCAUACUUUUUCAAAAAGAUGAACGAUUUCUUAGCAAUAUCUGAAAACAUCUUAAUAAAUGUUCCUAUAAGUUACUGUAUUAAACCUCAAAGGUUCUCUAUUAAGGCUUUUUGUAAAUGAAGCACCGAAAUACUCAUACUUGUAGCUGACCCCAGGAGGGAGCUGAGUUUUGUUAGGGAAAAGGCUCUGUGGUCAUUGUUUGCUCGGACCUUCGAACUAGAAAAGCACAAAUAACCUGAGGCUAUCCUAAUACUCUAAUCAACAAAACCAUUCUGGGCAAUAAGAAUUCUACCUGGUGCUGAGAUUCCAUCUUACAUUUUUCCAGCUGUGCUCUCAAAAAGUAUUUUUAUAAAGAUUGUUUCUGAUAUAAGAAUAGUCAAGUUAUUCUUUAUCCGCCUGAAGGGAGAUUUCAAAAGUUCAAGUGAAGUAUUUGAGGCUUGCCCAUAGUAGUGAAAGUGGAAAAAUGAUAGAAAACUCAGGUUUUCUUAAAGCAAAAUCAAGUAGGAUAGCAUCUUUGACUCAGUUUCAAGUAAUCACCACCAUAACUAUAUAAUUCACAAGCAUUUCUCCCUCCUGAGUUGGUUUUAAACAUAUUUAGGCAACUGAUCCUUUACCCUCCAACUUUUGCCAAAAAAUUUGUUCUAUUUUUAUAUAAAAUGAUUAAAUUCCCCAGUGAUAGUUUUAAAAUUAUCAACCUAUAUGCACUUUAGAAUGUAAAAUAACAUUGAACUGUUUAAACUCAAAGACCCAUUAUCUUGAGUAUUUUUUAUAGCAACUUGGUCUUUCCAUGUAAAUACUGGGUUUUUCCCCCUUCAGUCUCAGGCGCCUUUGUCUUUCUUCAAGCGGAAUCUGUCAAACUCCCUUAGGCCCAUAGAUGCAAGUGCCUCUCAUUAAUGUGGCAGUAUUAUUUAAUGGAAUGGGCUUGUGUAUACAACAAAGGUAUGUAUAUUUUUAUUGUAAAAAAAAAAAAGUAAAUUUUUUUCUUCAUGUCAAUUGUUUGAAGAGCCUCACCACCUCUACAGUUUUAAAGAAAUUGCUUCUCCCAAAGAUAAAAAUCCAGGUUAACAUCCUUUAAAUUUAAAUGAUACAUUUAUUGGAGUUGUGCCUUUUCUACCACACUGGACUAAAUAAAUAAACUUGUAAAAAGUAGUUUU